UGAUAAACAGCCUGCUUGUCAUUUUGGAUGUUGAAUAAGCCCCAUGCAUCAUCCCAAUGUGAAUUCUGAAGUUUUUCCGAGGUCUGUUCCGCCGACCGUAGCUCUCCUCUCCAACCGCCAUCGACCGUCGAAAAGUCAUGGAUGAGUUUCUGGCGCUUGUCGGCGUGCAGGCCAUGCGAUACACCAUCAGGUCAGCCGUUGGCCUGACUUCGACUUACGCACUCAAACAGUGUUCACGCCUACUGCAGUCUGUAGAUGACAAGCUCCUGUACUCCGAACUCCGAAACUUGCAAACGCUUCUUGACAGCAAGAUCAAGAUCAUUUCGCCUGCACUUGAACUUGUCGAAUUCAAGUCGAGCCGGGGAAAUGUGUUUCUGGAGUCGGCCGCUCCGCUCGCCAGAGCCUUGCAACGUGAGAUCGCAUCGCUUGGUCAGAGGAUUGAAGGUGCCAUUCAGGUAGAAAGUGAAACCGACAAGCCGAAUACGUAUCGCUUCAAGACACAAGCCAAGCAACAUGAGCAGCUUCGCGAAAUCAUUUCCGAUAUAAAAGCUCUACUGGAACGAAUUGAUCGCGAAAUACCGCUGCUACAACUCGCCAUCACUGCGUCUGGGGAAACACUGUCAACAUCGUUGCCUACAAAUGUUUCACCAUCUAGACUUCUGCAGGCCAGUGCUCUGCUCAUAGUGGGGGACACGCAAUAUGCCCAGGAUCCCACCCGAACCGUUCAGAUAGGCCCGGCAUUUCAUCUGUCGCUGUACAUGCUGUUCCUGGGCCAUGCUUCCGUCGACCCGCAGACUCUCGAUCUGACAGGACGUUCACGGACCGCAUAUGGCAUCGGUGAGCAUGAUCGUAAGCCGCUGUGGCAGGAGGUUUCCCACAAGACUCGAGUGCGCUUGUGUCGGUCACAGUGGAAACAACAACAAGGACGGCGUGAGGGCAUACGGGAUGAAGACUCGCCAAAGUUGCCCGAAUCUCCCUUGACUGGCGCAUACCUUGAUUACGCCUAUCACUUGGAGAUUGUUGAGGACCUGGACGACGGCAGAGUGCACAGUGAGCAAGACACCGCGGAUAUUUACGAAGAUAUUCCGAGAGCUGGCUUUCGGGAGUUGAUCCCGAUAAACCAACUUGCAAAAGUCUUUUACACGGACACUGGCAAGAUCCUGAAUAUUGGAAACGACACGAAUGAAGAGAAUAGCCCGGUUCUCCUUCUCAAGAGGGAUCUGAACGCACCCCGGUUAUCUCCUGCUUCCUCAAUCAACGUCCUGGAAAGACUAGGAACCGGCCGCCAUAAGGGAGAGGCAAAGAGAGAGGGAGGCAACAUGCUUCCUGAAGGCAGUGACAAUCACGAGAGCAUCAGCCGAAGACCCGUAGACGACAUACAAGAUGCGUGCGCCCGUGCUUCUUCGAGCUUGCCGUCGCACCUCGACCCUGAAUGGAUCGCUUUCGAGGUAUUCGAAGCCGAUGAUACGGCCUUCGAUGAGACGGAGACUGAAGUGGGGUCUGAAAGUGAACCGGAAGACAGACCAACCAUCCGCUCACCCGGAGUGGCGGAACAAAAAGCCAGCGGCCGGGCCUCACUCGACGCCAGGGUCGCUGCGCAGAUUAGAAAUCUGUCACUUCAGCCAAGCUUUGGCUAUAAAAGUGCUCCAGGUGGAAGGCGAUCCUCCACAGGAAGCCACAGCUCAAGAAAGGAUGAUGCUCCAGAAGACGACUCAGAUUUUGUGGCGCGGUCGCCGUUCAAAGCGAUCACGUCGUCCCUAUCGUUAAUAGAGAUGCUCAUUCGGCUGGCCAGUCUCCAAGAAUUCCAGCAAGCGCCACAUCUGUCAAUACCAGAUCACAUCCUGGCCUUUUUUCUGGAGGAAUCGUCCACAACUGGCCUCUCGGGCGAUGCACGCCAAGCGAUGCGCAAGGAAGCCAAACAGCGCGUUGGCUUUGACCCCUACACAGACGGCCCAGAGAAUUGAAUCUGGGACAGACCUACCUCCCCUGGCGUCACGAGAAUACAUUAUUCCCAUACACUCUAUAGAGCGAAUAACUUUUCGCAGCAGCGCUGUUUACCACGAUCGUAGAAUCCGAUGAAGGACCAGACUUGUUGAAGAAGACCACGGGGGCUCUGAUGAAGCAUAGGCUGCAACGCCCAAGGUUCUCUUAAUACAGAUUCUCUAGAGGAUGACAGAGUCACAACAAGAAACGGUUUUCUCUCUCGUAUUAGUGUAUGACAGCACAGCGG